AUGCCAGAAAGCAAAGCUUCAAAAUUAAGAGGGGACAUUAAAUAUUAUGAAGGUGUCUCUAAAGAAAAUAUUGGUAAAGCUAUUAAUAAUGAAAAAUUGAAAAAAGAAGGUGAAUCUGAUAAAUUAGCUGGAGAAUCUGAGCGUGAUGCUGCUUCAGUUCGUAUGAAUCCUAAUAAAGGAGAAGAAAAAGAAACAGAAGAAAUUGCUGAUAUUAAUCAGAAAAGCAAAUUGUAA